AUGAUCGCCGACGAUGAGGCUUCUCCGGAGAAAGAGUUCACUCGAUCGGGGCAUGCGGUGGAAAAGGCGAAGGAGAGAUCGACGAGGACACGCAGGAAAAUCACAUAUGUGUCAAGACACUUCGUAGAGGCGAGUCCUAGGAGUGAGCCUGGUUCGGCGCGACCCUCACAAAGAAGUCAACCAGACAAGAAACGAGAGAAUUAUAGCAAUAAAGCAAAGAGAAAGCGGUCCUGCCAGAAGCAACAACAACAUGAUUCGGAUGAGAGACCUCCCGCAGCUCUGGCAACACCACCUGUGACACCAGCGCGUCCUCGUCCGCGUGUCUACUAUGGACUCAACAUCGACGACCUCUCCUCCGAUUCCAGCCUCAGCGAUGUCCCUGACGAUAUUGGACCAGACCCCUUUUCCUCGAAAGCAGACUCACCACCACCACCACCACCACCACCACUACCAGCGUCGUCAACUCCGACAGGAGACCAGACCUCGUUGGAAGCAUCAGCAGGACUGCGAUGGACUGCAUCUCCCGAACAACACCCCGCUGCUUCUACAGUUCAAGCCAUCAAAACCAAAACCAACCCCGAAAAGAAGAAAGUCCGCCGUCCCACCAAAUCGCCUUACUUCCCACAUCCACACAAACACAGACCAACCUUUCUAUCAACAUUGCCCUUCCCUCCCUUAUCCCACACCACGUUCGGCCUGAUGCAAGAACGUCUGGCUCACGAUCCGUUCCGCCUACUGAUCGCCACGAUUUUCCUGAACAAGACCCCCGGCGAGCGCGCCAUGCCCAUCUUCUACCAGCUGAUGUCGCGGUAUCCUACCCCAGCAGAUCUCGCCGGGGCGGAGGUCAGUGAGAUCACUUCCAUGAUUUACGGACUUGGGUUUCAGAACCAACGGGCGAAGAAAUGCGUGGCGAUGGCUAAAGCGUGGCUCGCCAACCCACCGCGGCGUGGGAAGAGGUACAGGAAGCUCAACUACCCGUGUAAAGGCGAUGGGAAGGAUGUGCGAGAGGAUGAGGUGUUGGCGGACGAUGAGAUCGAUGGUCGUGUCGCGUGGGAGAUUUCCCAUUUGCCUGGUCUGGGCCCCUAUUCUCAUGAUAGCUGGCGAAUAUUUUGCCGCGAUCAACUGAGAGGAAUUGGACCCAAAGGUGGCGAUGGAGAAGAUGUGGCUACAAGGGCAAGUGGAGAAGGGGAAGGAGAAGACGACGACGACGACGAUCCUGCUGCUGCUGCUGCUGCAACAAUAUGUCUUGGAUUGAAAGACUCGAACCAAGAAAUCGAAGAAGCUCCACCCUUACGAAAUCCUAGCACAGGACAUAGAGGAGUCGAGUGCGGAAGACAAGAUCAAGAUGGAGAUGGGGGACAGGAUCCUGACGACCCACGAAUUCAACCCGAAGCUCAAGCUGGACAUGAAUACGACCAUCAAGUGCCACCUACUCCUACUCCCACAACCCAUCCUCACACUCCCUUCGAACCUGAAUGGAAGCGAGUCAUCCCUACCGACAAAGAACUCCGAGCCUACCUGACCUGGAAAUGGCUACAAGAAGGCUGGGUCUGGAACAAGGAGACCGGCCAGCGCACGAAAGCCCCCGCAGCUCUACUCGAUCAAGCCCGCGGCGGGGGGAUUGUCGUUGAAGAAAGAGACUCGGAUCAUCUGAUAGUGAAUGGAGUCGAGGGCGAAGAAGUCAAUCACCUACAGGCAGAGCGGAAGGUGGAGAGGACGGCUUCAGAUUUUUUGCCCUUAGCUUCAACCUCAGACUGA